AGCAAAAGUGUACAUUUAGAAUAGAAUGGACUAUUGAUCCCACAGUGGGGAAACUCACUUAUUACAGCAGCUCCAACACUUAAGAGAAUAACGGGAAGAAAAAUAAAAGUACAUUUAUAUACACGUAGGCAGUAAUCAAGUAUUGUAACCUUUGAUCACUAAAAACUACAAAUACAAAUGAAAAACUUUGGUUCCAACACAAUGUUGCUCACUGUAAGAGACAGACAUGCAAUGUAAAUCUGAUAUUGCAGAAGCACUGAACCUAUACUGAAUAAUGCAUUGGUGUUCUUGUGUACCAGGAUAAUGCCAGUACAGCUUAAACUGAGGAGUUGUACACUUCAUGCAGAGGGGAUGAAAGAUCUACGGUAGCGUUCUGUUUAACAUGAUGUCUCAGUCGGCCUCUGAAGGAGCUGUCCAUGGUCUCCACAGUGGGGUGAGAUGGUUUCAUACGUCUCCUCAGCUGUAGCAGUGGGCAACUCAGAACCGAUCUAGCUCUGUGAACUAGCUUGUUCAGUCUCGUCCUGUCUGUCAGAGCUGCCUGCACCCCAACCCCAACAGACCACAGCAGAGUGGAUAACACAAAUUUCAUUAGAUUAAUAAAUUGGACAGUAAAACUUAUAAAAUUUACAUCAAAAUACAUGUUUCCUUGCAAAGAUUUAUAUUUAUGUGACUUAAAAAAUAUGGUUUAUCUGAAAAUUGAAAUGAAUUUACUGUUAAUGGUAAAUCUACACGUGGAGUUCUAUGACAGCUUUAAUAAAAUCUAAUCUGUGGGGGUUUAGGAAUCUUGUCUGAUAGAAGACGGGAAUCCACGACGUGGUUAAUUUUCAGUCUUUUUUCAAACUGAAGGUCGGAUUCAGGAUGAGUACGCCAUAUUGCGAUUACGUAAUCGGACAACCCAGUUGUUUCACGUCAAAACAAUCCGGAAGACGGCAAGGCGUGAUGGAGCUGUUGGAGCCGAGUGGAACGGUCUGAAUUUACUGUAGCUGUUUAGACAGAACAGCGGAAAGUUGUUUAAAAGAACUCAGCGAAGAUUAGCAGCUUGAUGAGCGUUAGACUUAAGGUCCUUGCUAAAUUAACACUUCUCAGCUGAUCGAGGUGUUAGAGUUCAUCUUAAACUGGUCCAGAGUAACCAUGGGAAAUGGAAUGAAUAAGGUUGUCGAUGGGCUGUACCUUGGGAAUAUACGAGACUCAGAAAACAGAGAAAGCUUGUCCAAAAAUGGCAUCACCCACAUCUUGUCUGUGUACAACAAUGCAACGCCGGUGAUUGAGGACAGGAAGUAUCUUUGUAUUCAUGCAGCUGACACCUCCAGCCAGAACCUAUUACAACAUUUCAAAGAGUCUAUCGGCUUCAUCCAUGAAUGCCGCCUGAAUGGUGGAGUUUGUUUAGUUCACUGCCUUGCAGGUGUGUCCCGCAGCACUACCAUGGUGGUGGCCUACUUGAUGACUGUCACCCACUACAGCUGGGAGGAGUGCCUGUCUGCAGUCAAGGCUGUUCGCUCAUUUGUCGGCCCGAACUACGGCUUCCAGCAGCAGCUGGAGGAGUACCAGAAUACAACAGUGUCAGAGUACCGAACGUGGUUGCAGACCAGUUUCCGCCCCAGUCCGUUUAACGACCAGGAGCAGGUGGGAGCCCUGCUGAGCCAGUACACGGAGCAACAGGAGAGCCAGAGGCCAGCUGCAGACCAGAGCUAGAUCACCGUGGGAUCAGAUACGGAACGUCCUGCAGGCAGCAGCUGAAACUGGACUCGCUGGUUGAAUUUGGGCUCGGUGAUGCAUGGAACUGCCUCUCAUUCUAAAUCACGCUAAAGCUUUAUCCAGCUUUAAAGGUGCAGUAGGAGACUUUUUUUUCUGGGAUUUCUUUUGCCAUAUUGCUGGUGGCAACCAAAAAAUAAAAUGUUUUGUCAAAGGAAAUGUUUCUGAAAAGUACAAUCCUGGAAAAACCUCAUCCAGUCAUUGUGACUGUCCCCUUCUUAAUGAUUGGAUCCUGAUGUAUCCAUCAAACUGCCCUCUGAGUAUCCCUCCCCCCGCUGAGCACACCCCUCUAUAAGGCCAUUUCCACUAUUGGAACUUUGGGGUACUUUUAGCAGAACUCUGGAAUACCUCUGCUGAAGAGUUGUGGGUGAAGCUGGUGGUGGUCGGAGGGACCGGUGGCGCCUGUACUCGGCAGCCUCGCCUCUGUCAGUGCGCCCUAGGGCAGCUGUGGCUACAUUGUAGCUCAUCACCAUCAGUGUGUGAAUGGAUGAAUGAUACACUGUAGUGUAAAGCGCUUUGGAGUCCUUACUGUGAGAGGCGCUAUACAAGUGCGGGUCAUUUAUCAUUUAAAAAGAAAAUAAGCACAGUUUGCUCUGCUACAAAAUCACUGUUUCUACACUCCCAGCACUGACAAAUGCUGCAGAAUUUUCUCCACAAUGUCAUAAUUUAUGUUGAUCUCUGGUCUCCUACAGAGCACUAUAAAAAAAAAGGUUCUUCUGGUCAUUGAAUGCCACUUCUACAUCACACAGCCGCUCUCCUUGUCCUCCAAAUGGAUGAAAUUAGGGUGUACAGUACUUCGACAUGCUAAAAAAAAAAGAAGAAAGGAGAUUCUGUAUUGCACUGUUAAAGCUUUUGGACGACUCAAAACAGGAUUAUAGAACUUUAUUCUGUUUUGAAUUGUGCUACAGAAUGAAAUCCACCAUCAGUGAGAGCUGCCACAACCAGGAGUACUGAUGCUCACAGACGCCUUACUAUAAACGCCUCAGCACUUUAUCUAUAAUGACUAACAUGUUGUGUUCCUUCAGUGAACUCUGUACUAAGGGGUAUAGGUCCAGAGAGUGAGCUCUGUGAAAACUGAAGUUGAUUCUAUUUUCAGGGAAACUUUUCUGUUUACAUGUGUUUCCCCUGCAGAAAUUGUUAAUCAAGAUAUCAGGGCUCAGUUAAUGAUGGCUUUCUUUCAAUGGGGGGGGGUGGAGAAAUUCAGAGUUCAUCGGACUUAUGGAAAUCUGCUAUUUUGGGGCUAACAGUUCAUAUUCCAUGCAUGUAAAGUCAACCGAGAGUUCCCAUAUCGACUAGGAAAUAACGCCUAAUUUAUCCAAAUAUUUCUUAUGAAGUUGAAGAUGGAAAUAUGUUUUUCUAAGUUCUACACUACAGAUACCAACCCUAAUCUGAUAUUUACCUCUUGUGAACGUCUCUGAAGAGAAAACGUGAAACGGGUUUCCCAGAAACUCGGCCUGUUUCAUCCCUGCUGAGAAAAGUCUAACUUUAUACCUCAUCAUGUAAUAAAGACCAAAACAACUUUAAUUAGUCACAGAUCUACUUAAAGGAUCAACCAGCUAAAAGUGGGAAUCCACAGAAACUGUUGCUAGUCUUCCAAAUUUUAUUGAAACUUAAUUGAUACUUAAUUGAUUUCUUAUGUGCAACUUUUUUAUGAGAUGAUUUGAAAAUUUGUUUUACUAGUGUUUAUUUAUGAUGUCAUUUUUAACUAAAAUGCAUUAACCAAUAAAGUACAGCUACUUGUAAAGUCUGA